GAGAGAAGAACAAGGCACAACAACAGAAACAUUCGCAGCUUACAGUGGUCGCCGUACUGACGGUUAUCCGUGUGCACUGCACUGAGCCUAAGCUGCCAUUGUGGAUCCUAUAGACUGUGUUAGACGUUCUUAUGAUUGAUGACAGUGUUUGAACCCCCUUUGGAGUUUGGAGAAAGAGAAGCAACUCAGCCAUUGGGGGACUUCGUGACGGCGAGCUGGUCUUCGCAACGUGAGUCCGUCAACGCUCGGGAACGGUUCGCGCUCGCUUGCUUACGGCUUCCCGGUGUUUAAGUGUGUUUCUGUGCCCGAAUUCGCCGAAUCCGUCGAGUGUUCUUGGCGAUUCGACGACUGUUCUGUGGUGCCGCGCUGGAAGCCCUCUUUCCAGUCGGGAUGGCUGAAGAUUUGCGCUCGAAGAUGAAGACGCGAGGAAUCUAGAAGCGAGAAUGACGCUGUCUAAGAAAGUCACUCGGCUCCUGUGCAUAACGGGAGCCGGAGAGGUUGACGAAGAAACUUCGUAUGAUAAGGCAGUGGACAGCCGGCGGAGUUCAGCCCCCUCCACCCCUGUUAUGGGCAGGAACGUCUCUUCGAUCUCUGACCCGACCGCAGCAUCGGACACCAACUCCACUUCCAGAUUCAGUAGCUUUUUUUCGAAAAAGUCUUUCAAGAAUAACCCGCUGAAGAGGACGAAGAGUGUCACAAAGCUAGACAGGAAGAGAACCUCGACUCUGCUGCGCAACGAAGGAGUGAAUCACGGUGGAGCCCUGCGUAACUCGCGUUCGCACGAAUCUCUCUUGGCUUCAAUUCAGGGCAGUGUUACUCCAGUUCCGAAUGUAGAACUGUGCAGCCACGUUCCAAGGAAUACCCUCACGCCGCUAGGUGGCCAAAACAAUUUCACGGCCCCUACGAUCCACGCUGUGGACUCUUCCCUCCUGAAAGGGGAACACCAUAAACAUUGUUUCGAGUUGGGGAGUCGGCUCUACUCAUGCAGUAAUCGGGAGGAAAAGGAUAAGUGGGUGAAGUAUUUGGUCAAUGCUCGUUUGCCCGGGGAGCAGAAGAUGGACCCGUCGUCGCUGGAGCUCCGAACGAAGCCUCGGGUGGAAAACUUCCUCCAAGUGACGGUUUUCGAGGCCAAAGGAAUUCCGAAUAAGAAGAAAUACGUCGCCGAAUUGAACAUCGGCGGGAAACUCAGAGCGGAGACGUGCACCAAACAGAAGCUGGACAUGUGUUUCUGGGGAGAAAACUUCGAGUUCGAUCAUCUGCCGUCCAUCAAAGAAACUUUGAUUGUCAGUUUGUAUCGAGAAGUGGACAAGAGGAAGAAGAGAUCGCUCCUCGGUACGGUUCGGAUUCCCCUCGAAGCCGUGACCAACACGACCCCAACACCAUCCGAGAGCUGGUAUCCUCUCGAGCCGAAUAACUCGACCAUGGGUAGUAAUCCCCCUCCGAUGGCGAUCCGAAUUAGGACGAAAUUCCAAUCGCUCGAAGUUUUCCCGAUGGAGUGCUAUGGAGACUUUUUCCAGUACCUCAAAAACGAUUAUUCCACCUUGUGCGAGCUACUCGAGCCUAGCGUAUCCGUGAAAACGAAGGAAGAAGUUGCAACCGCGCUCGUACACAUCAUGCAGAAACAGGGCCUCGCUACAGAGUUCGUCACCGAGCUAGUCAUGAACGACGUACAAAAAAUAGAGGAUGAGCAGCUCACAUUCCGAGGCAACAGCGUUGCCACUAAGACCAUGGAAGCUCACAUGAAACUCCUCGGUGGCCAGUUCUACCUUCAAGAGACACUGCGGGGCGCAAUCGAUCUUCUUCUACUCAACUCAGACGACUGCGAAGUCGAUCCCUCGAAGGUGUCGAGCCAGCAAACUCUGCUCCAACACCAACUGACACUCAAGAAGCACGUAGAUCUAGUUUGGCGUCGCAUUCGGAGCUCGGCCGCGUACUUCCCCGCCGAACUGAGACUGGUCUUCGGCAUCCUGAGGGACAGACUGCGCAGACGCAAAGAACUUUAUUACAAUCUUCUGUCGGCGUCAAUCUUCCUGCGCUUCCUCUGCCCCGCAAUCCUGUCGCCGUCUCUGUUCAAACUCUGUCAAGAAUAUCCGGCAGAACGCGUUUCCAGGAAUCUGACACUCAUCGCAAAGACGAUUCAGACCCUAGCGAAUUUCGCCCAAUUUGGCGGAAAAGAGCACUACAUGGAGUUUAUGAAUGACUUCAUCGAGCAGGAAAUGCAGAGCAUGCGAGACUUCCUUUCGGAAAUCUCUUCAGGGCCGCCGAUGGCAUCAGCUCGAGGGCUCCUCUUCGACGAUACGCUCAUCGACUGUCCGAGGCAUCUGGCUCAAUUGCACGUCCUGCUCAAGGACGCAUUCCCGGCCGUUUCUAAAAGCCAGGCCACCAAAACGAAUGUUGAAAGGCUAUUGCAAGCUCUCAAUAGUGUACAGUUCCCCAAGGUCAAGUCGGUGGCUCCACAAACGCCGCCAGGGGGACCGAUGCCGGUCGUCGCCCGGGACUUGUCAACGUGUGAUGAUUAUGUCAUGCUGAGCGCACUCAAUUCGACGGGAGUGAAACAAAGCUCGACGCCGAUUUCAUAUGCUACGCACCCGACGUCGCUUUUCUCCAACGGCUUUACUGAAAACAACAACUGCAGUGGAGUCAGCAGUUGUGACGCUUCAACUUCUUCGUGCGAAGAUGCUGAUCUUGAUGUGAAUUCUACUUCUGCUCAGAACAAAGACGUGGCCACCUCGACCGGUGUGGCCCUAGCCGACCAGGGUGUCGGUGAGGGCCUCGAGGAUCAGGUCUGUCAUCUGAAAGAAAUUCUCGCCGACCUCAACGAGAAACUCACUCAGGCCGAGAUGAAACUCGAGGCUCAGAAACGUCGCGCAGAAGAAGGCGAAGAGCGUCUCAGAAGGCAGAAGGAGGAAAAGGACGAGCAAAUGAAGUCGAUCAUCACGCGUUUGAUAACCGUCGAGGACGAACUACGCAAGGAGCAACGUGAAAUGGCCCAGGUGAUCGCAGCCAAACAGCAGAUAAUCGAUGAGCGUGAAACGAAGAUUCUCAAUUUGGACGCCACCAAUCAGCGUCUGCUGGGCGCGCUGUCUCAACUGAGGGAAAAGUACGAAUGCGUCAGUUCAAGUAGUAGUACUCAAACGGUUGUAUCAACGAACAGUUCCGAAGUGAGUCCGAAGCGAGUUCUCACCGAAACCGCGGUACAAACCCCGAGCUCGUACAAAAGUAGCAGUUGUUAGUGUUUGUCCUGGAGAGCACAGUGCUGUUCCAGCUGCUUCUCGGUAUGAGUGAAUCUUGGUAGUUGCUUAGCCUGCGACAAUGAACAAGCAGGGAAGUUGAUGUUAUAACUCAUACGAACUGGAGGGCGCCGGUCUGGAUCCUCUCGAAUCGUUGAUACAGAGAGUCAUCCGGUCUCAUUGAUGUGAAGUUUCUCAGUUUUACCGGAUCCAAUUCGACCAUUCGAGCCAUGGCGCACCUCCGUAGAGAAGCGCGACUACAUAAACUUUGUGACUGUGUGUACAUUGUGUAAAUAGGACCCGGGCAAUCUAGCCACAACUCUGCUCUUCCUCCAAAAAAAAUCGUCUGUGACUGUAAAUAAAACAUCCCACAUACCGUGGCAUAUCUGGGAUGUGGAUGGUUGAAAUCUCGGUGAGCGUUCAAUAUGGAGGAAAAAAUGAGGGAAUCGUAAGGUAACGGAAGACUACAUUCGGUGAGCUAGGGAGCUAUGCAACCGACGGAUCCUUGAUUAAAAUGUCAUCUAAUAUAAUACAAACCAAAGACGAGAAACCAUUUCCUCUAUACGACACUGCGUAUUUAUGUUUGAUGUAAAUAAAUCUCCUUCGUACUAUCACAUUGA